CCCGCGAAAUUGGAAAAUGAAAGUAGAUCUAACUUGGCAGCUGGCUAGAAGAAUGUGGAGUCUCAAGAGAAGAAGGGUUUUGAUACUUUCCCCCCUAACUGCUUCUGAACCAGGAUGACUGUUAGCCCAGCAUCUUCCUGUCUACAUUCUGAUUGGCUGAAGCAGACAGGUCUAUUUUUAGACAUGAGUAAUGGGGGAGGAGUGUCUCUGGUGCACACAAAAUCAUGCAGCCUUUCGGAAGACGCACUGGCCCUGCUUGAAAGUCUGCCAGGCUUAUUUCGUAGAACAGAUGGCAAAUUCUUAAGUGAGUAUGUUUUUCGAGAACAAUCACAUGCUCUGACUGUAUUACAUGGCCUCAAUGAACAGAGGAAAUCAAACACGCUUUGUGAUGUCAUAAUCUGUGUGGAGGGAGAAAAAUUUCCGUGCCACCGGAAUAUUUUGGCUGCUUGCAGUCCAUAUUUUUUGGCUAUGUUUACAGGAGAAAUGAAAGAAAGUAGAGAGAAAGAGAUUAAAAUAGAUGGCAUGUCCCCAGACAUAAUGAAACAACUGGUGGACUUUGCCUAUACAGCAGACAUUUCAAUUACACAGGAGAAUGCCCAACAGCUUCUGUCUGCAGCCAACCUGGUCCAAAUCCAUACUAUCAUACAAGCCUGUUGUAACUUUCUGGAAGGAGAAAUGGACCCUAGCAACUGUUUGGGCAUCCACUGCUUUGCAGAGGCACAUGUCUGUGAUGAACUGAGUGAAAAGGCCAGACAGUAUGUCAUUCAACACUUCACACAAGUCGCCAAACAAGAAGAGAUUCUGUUGCUUCCAAAAGAAAAACUCAUUGAAUUUAUAAGUCAGAAUGACUUGAAUGUUGGUUCAGAGGAAGUUGUGUUUGAUGCUAUUCUGAGAUGGGUGAAACACGACCCCAAGCACAGGAUUCCCCAGCUAGCAGAUGUGCUGCAGUAUGUCCGUCUGCCACUUGUCAGUCCCUACUAUCUGUUUGACAAAGUGGACUCCGAGCAUCUUCUAAUGUCAGCACCAGGCUGCAGGCCCUUCCUGGAUGAGGCUAUGAAAUACCACAUCCUCAAGGAUAGGAGAAUGGAGAUGCUGUCACCAAGAAUGAUACCCAGACAGUGUAUGGCUGUGGAGUCGGUGGUUUAUAUUACUGGGGGUGAAAUCUACAACAAGAACUAUUUGAACUGUGUGGAAGGUUACAAUCUAGAGGGAGGUACUUGGGUCAAGCUAAAGGAUUUACCUUUCUCCCGCUGUCAUCACUGUGCUGUUGUUUCUGAGGAUAUGCAUAUGUACAUAGCUGGAGGAUACAACAAAGAGAAUGUGGUGGUGAACAAUGUGAUGAGGUAUGAGCGAUACCUGGACAAGUGGAUUAAGGUAGCCUCCAUGAACACACCGAGAGCCAAGCUGGGAAUGGCCACCUUGGAUGGCUAUAUUUAUGCCAUUGGAGGAUAUGACGGAACCUCCAAUCUAGGCACAGUGGAGAAAUACUGUCCACAGACGAACAGAUGGACAUAUGUCUCACCAUUAUCAACACCUGUGGCCAGAAUUAUGGCAACAUCUCUCAAUGGAUGUCUGUAUGCUGCAGGUGGGAAAGCUGACCCUUCUGAUCAUUGUGUGAAUACUUUCCAAAGAUACAAUCCCAUACAUGAUUUCUGGGAGCAGCUGUGUCACAUGCCUACUCCCAGAGCGGUAAGUGGUCUGUUAUCUGUGAAGGGGACGCUGUAUGCUGUGGGAGGAAUACUGGAGAACUCCUACGCCUCCAGAGAUCUUGUGUCCUACAACAUUGAAAGAGACACAUGGACCCUGCUGCCUCAGAUGAAAGAAGUCAGAUAUGAUCCAGGUGUGACUGCCAUUGGAAGCAAGAUCUAUGUAUUAAGUGGACACGACGGGGAGAAUUCCUUCUUCUCUAGUAUUGAGGUGUACGAUACGGAAACCAACAGAUGGUCACAACUACCCAUUCUGACUCUUCCAUAUGGGAGGUGCAGAUUUACAUGUGUUGCCAUGGACACUAAACAAGCAUAAAACAAUUUUAUGGAAAUAGUUUUCCAGAGACUGAAUGGUGUAUAUAUGUUCAAUUUUUUUCUGGCAAGAUAUGAAGCCACUUUGUCAAUAAUUUUUUUUAUGAAUUACUUCAUUCUUUAUUAGCAUGAAUUUAUUUUCAGACUUUCCUUUUUACCUCCAGCUAUCAGAGGUGAGACUUUUUUCUGCUUUUUGGUAAUUUUUAUUUUAUAUUCUUAAUCCAAUGUUAUAUUUGUAGUUGUAUUUAGAUAUUUAUUAGAAGCUUUUUCUCUACAUGUAAUUUAUAUUUUGUUGUAUUGUACAUAUAUUUUUGAAUGACUGUAUCAAAGGAAAGGGGUAUGUGUAAAUUGUUAAAACUGUGAUAUAAGUGUGAUUAAUGUAUUGCAGUUAAGAUUGUGUAUAGUUUUCAAAUCAUACAAAACUUAAGUGAGAGUUUAUACCUGGUAUGUCCAUAAACCUGUGUCUUAUCAAGGUUCAUUGUGUAAUGCAGAUACUUUCCAAAUUUAUGAUGUUAUUAUAGUAUGAUGGAUUAAUUUACAAUAUUGCACUUUACUAAAAUCACAAAUUAAAUUAUUUGGGCUGUCCAAAGUUAAAUCUACUGGUACUUUGAAAAAAAACCUCAAUAUUUUAUAAUAUGUUCGAUUUCCAGUUUGAUUUUACUUUAAGCAACUAAAACCUACAUUCCAUAGUAAUAAUAUUGGACCCUGUAUAAUGUAUAUUUUAGAAGAAUCUAUUUAUUAUACUAACAGAUUUACUAAAAUAUUUACUGUAGAUUCCCAAUUAUACAAGCGGAAUUAAUUAUCGCGUAAUUUCGUGAGAAACAACACAUGCGAAAUAAAAUUUCUCGCUUUUAUUUUUAUGAUGCUGUAAUAAAUAUAAAAUCUCUUGAUCAAACGUCCAUUCGCGAAUUAUUUUUCUUGCGAUUUGACGUUGAAGAGACAAUUCGCGAUAAUAAGUACUCGCCAAAAAUAAGGAAUCUACAGUAUUAAUAAGCGUAUAUACUACACACAACUAUAAAUAGUAUUUUGGUUCAUGUUAAUGUGUUAAUUGUUUAAAAUUUUGGAUUGUUUAAUUUUUUUCCCAUCUCCCAUCUAGGUUUUAAAAUUUUUAGGUUACUUAGGUUACUUGAAUGUAAGAUUAAUUUUAGCAAACCUUAAACAUUAAUAAAAAACAAGGAAUACACCUGUGAAAUUAGAAAGCCAUAUAGCCACCCACUCAAAAGUUAUGGGCUAGGUUAAAGUUGACAAGAGACAGAUAGAAAAACAGACAGGACAAAACCAAUAUACUCCAGGAUCUUUUGAUCGAGGGAUUUAAACAAAAAAUUUUAAUUUAUAUUAAAAGACAUAUACACAU